AUGUCCAAGUACUCCCUUUUGAACAACGUCUAUUUCUUGGGCGGUUUCGCCACCAUGGGCGGUAUGCUCUUUGGUUUCGAUAUCUCGUCCAUGUCUGGAGUCGUCGGUACUGAACGUUACCAGAAAUACUUCAACUACCCCUCGUCCUCCCUCCAGGGUGGUAUCGUCGCCGCCAUGGCCGCCGGUUCCUUCUUUGGUGCUCUCCUCGCCGGUCCCCUCGGUGACAAGAUCUCUCGUAAGCGCACCAUCAUGCUCGCCGCGACCAUCUGGAUUGUCGGAUCCAUCAUCCAGUGCGCUGCCCAGAGCACUUCUAUGCUCAUUGUCGGCCGUAUCAUCAACGGUGUCGCUGUCGGUUUGGCUUCCAUGAUGGUUCCCGUCUACCAGUCCGAGAUUGCCCCCAAGAACAUCCGUGGUCGUAUCGUCUCCCUCCAGCAGUGGGCCAUCACCUGGGGUAUCUUGAUCCAAUACUUCAUCCAGUACGGUUGCUCCUUCAUUGAAUCCGAUGCCGCCUUCCGUAUCCCCUGGGGUAUCCAGGUCGUCCCCGGUAUCAUCCUCCUUGCUGGAAUUUCCAUCUUCCCUUACUCUCCCCGUUGGUUGGCUGAUCAGGGCCGUGCAGAGGAAGCUCUCGAGGUCCUUGCCAACCUCCGCGCCAACGGUGACAAGAACCACCCCGAAGUCCAGGCUGAGUUCAAGGAGAUCCAGGAUGCCAUCACCUUUGACCGCACCCUCGCCGCCCGCUCGUACUCUGAACUCUUCCAGGCCCCCAACUCCCGCCGUGUUUUCCUCGGAAUUACCCUCCAGUCCUGGUCUCAGUUGACUGGUAUGAACGUCGCCAUGUACUACAUCGUCUUCAUCUUCCAGGGUGCCGGAAUCACCGGUCAGAAUGCCAACCUCCAAGCCUCUUCCAUCCAGUACGUCCUCAACGUCCUCAUGACCAUCCCCGCCAUCCUCUUCAUCGACCGCUGGGGUCGUCGUCCCGUUCUCCUCAUCGGCUCCACCUUCAUGGCUCUCUGGCUCUUCCUCAUCGGUGGUCUCAUGGGCAAGUACGGAUCUCCCCUCGCAACCGACGGCAACGCAACCACCAACUGGGCCAUCCAGGACAACGACUCUGCCUCCCACGCCGUCAUCGCCUGCUCCUACCUCUUCGUCUGCUCCUUCGCCAUCUCCUGGGGUCCCGUUUCCUGGACCUACCCCGCUGAGAUCUUCCCCCUCCGCAUCCGUUCCAAGGCCGUCUCCCUCGCCACCGCCUCCAACUGGGCCUUCAACUUUGCUCUCGCCUACGCUGUCCCCCCACUUCUCGAGUCGAUCCAGUACCGCACCUACUUCAUCUUUGGUGGCUUCUGUGUCGCCAUGACCAUCCACAUCUUCUUCAUGUUCCCCGAGACCAAGGGCCGCACCCUGGAAGAGAUGGACCAGAUCUUCAACUCGGAUGUUCCCAUCUUCAAGGCCUGGGAGGCUUCCAAGAUCCCCACUGCCCCCCGUAUCGACUACGACAUUGAGCAGAAGUCUGAGGCCAUUGAGGAGAAGAAGUAA